CCGAUGUCGAGGCUGUCGCCGAUGUUGAGGCCGUCGCCGAUGUUGAGGCCCCUGCCGAUGUCGAGGCUGUCACCGAUACUGAGCCCGCUGCCGAUAUUGAGCCCGCUGCCGAUGUCGAGGCCGUCGCCGAUGUCGAGGCUGUCGCCAAUACUGAGCCCGCUGCCGAUGUUGAAGCCGUCACCGAUACUGAGACUGUUGCCGAUACUGAGACCGACGUUGUUGUUGAUACUGAGGCCGAUGCUGCUGCCGAGGCUGAGGGCAACACUAAGGCUGCUUCUGGUGACAACACUGAUGUUACUGACCAUUCUUAUGCGGAGGUGGCCAAAGCUGCGAUGGAUUUUACUGACGGAGAGCCAUCUACUGAUAGAGGUGUUUCGGGGGUCAAUGCUGGUACUGACGACGCUGUGUCUGUUUAUGGGGGCUCAUUGCAUGAAGAGUACGAGCCUGCUUUGGAAAUCUCGGAUUCCGACAUUGAGAACAUCACUCACUCUAGCACUUCAGGAAGCAGGGACCACAACCCGGACACUGCCGACGAUACUGCAGGCGGCCACUACAACGGCAACGACUCUGAUGGGUUUGUGCAUGUCGGCCAGCAUGUGUCGGGCUCUGAAAGCAAGGAUGAUAUUGCCAGCAGUGGCCUUGAUAAUGAUGAUGAGAGUGCAGCUGUAGAAAGCGUCGUAUCCCAGGCCCUUAAUAGCACUUCUGCCUCUAAUACCGGGACUGUUAACGCCGAGUCAAAAGCCGCUGAAACCAACUUCACAGCUGGCCAAGCCCCGGUGACCGCCACUGUUUCAGAUGCCGAACUCGAAUUGAAUCAGCCUGGGUCGCCUGUUGACGAAGAGCAGCAGCAUGCCGAUUCCCAGACGACUGAUGGCUUUGAGAUGCUGUCACGUCCCGUGAGUGCGGCGAUAGAGCCAAUUUUUAGCAGCCAGGAGGCCGCCCUUGACAAGGCCGACCUUACCGACUCUUUCGACCUUGGUACCAUAGCGGCUGACAUUGACGAGGCAACUCUGCAGGAGACCAGCUCUGCCAUUGAAUCUGCAAAUAUUAACGACGACACCAGCAAGUCAGAAUACUUAAAACCGUCGCCUUUCAAGGCCGGUGUUUUGGGCAAAUAUUUUGGCAACAACAGCGGCAUACUCAGACCCGCCAGCCUGGGUAGUGGUGGGAACGCACCUGAUAGCAAGGGGCUCCCUAACGCCUUUUCUUCCGCGAGCCAGAUACCUGUCGACGCCUUUGGUGGCAAGCUUGGCCGCCCGGCCUUUGGCGUAGGCUCAAUGACCCCCCGAAUUGGCUUGAGCUCUAAUAUUAGCUCCGCUGCUAGCUCCCAGGCGUUUGUUCCAAAGACAUUGGACGGCAAUGACAAUGCAACCAAAAGCCUCAGUGCGCAUGCGUUGUCAAUCAGCCAGUUUGCAACCUACAAGGAUGCCAGUGGUGAAAGCGGUGCAGCGGCCAACACUGUGAGUGGAAGCAGCAGUCCCCCGAUUUCAACAAGCUCGAGUGGUGCGUCGCCGGCAAUCCAGGCAGUGUCGGUCAGCAAGAAGGGCGCAGCCAAAAAGAAGUCUGCCAAGAAGUCUUCCAAAUAGAUCAGCGAUGACCCUAUCCAGCGCAUCAUCCAUGGAUCCGAGGACGAGGGUGAGGGCGCAGAUAACUAUUACCAGUCUUAACCGGAGUGAGAAGUGAGGAGAUACUGGUGACAUUUUGUUCUGCUCAUUUUGUUUUGCGCUUUGGCAAUAUGAAAUUAUGUUCAAGUUAUUACCCGCUUGUGCAUUUUAAGAUGUAAAAAUGAUAUUGAUAUUGAAUAUUGAAAA